UUAUACCAUGAACAAUAAUAAUUUGUGAUGGCAAGCCUGUUUAGAAUCAGCAUGAAUCUAAAAUGUCAAAAAAUAUUAUUUGUUUUUUUAUAAUAUUCAAAAUAUUAAUUGAAAUCAAAUAGUUGUUCGUUCAGGACUCAAUAGCUCUAUACAGAUAUAGUUGUACAAGUAAUAUAAAAUACUUUAAACUGAAAGCAUAAAAUAUAUGCAGAUAAUGUGCUAUUCUGUAGCAGUGACAAUAUCGACUAAAUAAACGGGAAACGUGAUCUGUUAUGUCUGCUGAUAGCGAAAAUCCUCAACAACCAAAGUUAGAUGAUCCAAAGUUUCGAAUAAGACCAACACAGCAAGUUGUAUCAGCAUGCACCGGUGCUUUAAUAACCGCAUUGUUUAUGACACCAUUGGAUGUUAUAAAAACACGACUUCAAACACAGCAGUCUACGAUGACAAACAAAUGUUUUCUCUACUGUAAUGGGUUAAUGGAUCAUUUGUGCCCCUGUGAUCCAAAGUCACUAAAUGCGACAACUAAACCUCCAGAGCAUUUAAAUGGUACAUUUGAUGCGUUCCUUAAAAUAAGUCGAAGUGAAGGGGUAGCAUCCCUUUGGUCGGGUUUAAGUCCCACUUUAAUUUCUGCGUUACCAUCAACAGUGAUAUAUUUUGUAGCUUACGAGCAGAUAAAAGUGCGGGCACUUGAAAUUUAUUAUAAACAUUUUGCUGCAGUGAAAGGUACGCACUACGGACGCGACAUACCAUUUUUUAUUCCCCUCAUGUCUGGUAUGUCUGCAAGAAUAUGUGCUGUUACAUUUGUUAGUCCUAUUGAGUUGUUACGCACAAAAAUGCAGUCACAAAAAAUGACAACCGCAGAAAUUGCAAGCGCUAUAAAUCACGUAAUUAAACACCAAGGAAUAUUGGGCUUAUGGCGUGGUCUACCUCCUACUAUUUUAAGAGAUGUGCCAUUUUCUGGUAUGUAUUGGACGUGCUAUGAAACUAUCAAAAAAUACUGCAAUAUAGUGGAACCUACAUUCGGAUUCAGUUUUAUGGCGGGUGCGAUAUCAGGAUCGUUGGCUGCAACAGUAACAACACCUUUCGAUGUAAUAAAAACUCAUGAGCAGAUCGAGUUUGGAGAUAAAGUGUUAUUUAGUGAUGAACCCAAAAAUCAAUAUCGGCCGAAGACAGUAGUUCAACGUUUUGCAGCAAUUUAUCGAAUGAGUGGUAUACGAGGUCUCUUCGCUGGCUUAGGACCAAGAUUGUUUAAGGUUGCACCAGCUUGCGCCAUUAUGAUAUCAUCUUUUGAAUACAGCAAAGCAUUCUUUUACCAGUACAAUGUAACGAAACACUCCGAGGAAAUAGUAGUUGCCAGUCACAAAGUUUGACGCAGGCUUAAUAAUAUUCCAUAUGAAUAAUUGAUGUAUAAUCAACUGUUGUUAUUAGGCGCAUGUUGUGCUUUUAAAAUUAGACUUAUAUUAAAAUAUAUUUUAUGACAUUU